AUGUCAAAGCUAAUUCCUUCGCCCAAGAUCUCAGAAGAGAAAAUCGAUCAAGAACUAUCUCAACUUGUGGAAGAAACCGCAGUUUUUCAACAAACAAUCGAGCACAAGUAUACCAGGUAUGAGGCUAUUAGAGCGUACCCUAGGACAUGCGUUUAUAUUUUGAUAUUAUUAUGGGUUAUGAUAUUAGUUGGUUAUGAAACUCAGGCUGGUGGUAUGGUAGUCUCUAUUCCUACAUUUAGACGUGAUUUUGGAUAUUAUUUCGAAGGUGAUUAUGUUUUAGAUGGUAAAUGGCAAUCAGCAAUUUCUGGUGGCCCGAGUGGAUCUGUUGUUAUAGGCGGGUUUUUAGGCUCCUAUAUGGCAGAUUCAAUCGGUAGAAAGCUCACACUUUUAAUCGCUGUUGGAGCGACAAUUGGAUUUAUCGUUCUUGAGUAUGUUUCCACUACGAUUGAGGUAUUCUUUGCUGGAAAAUUCUUAAAUGCACUCUCUUUAGGAAUUAUUGCUGCAGUAUCUACGUCUUUGAUUGCUGAGAUUACCCCUUUAGCUUUAAGAGGAUUAUCCGUUGCUGCAAUUAGUUUGUCGUUAUCUUUGGGCCCAUUUGUCUGUUAUUUGAUUGCAAAUACAACAUCGACUCGAGAUGAUAGAAUGGCAUAUAGGAGCUUGUUUUUGAGUCAAUGGGCAUUUAGUGGAACAUCUUUUAUCAUGUUAUUUUGUAUUCCAGAAUCCCCGUACUAUUAUGUGUUAAAAAAUGCAGACGAAAAGGCUCUAAAACAAUUGAGAAAAUUGUAUAAAGGUGAAGCACUCGCAAAACAUCAGUUAACUGUCAUUAAAAAAACAGUAGAAGAAGCUAGACAUACUACUAUAUCGUCAUCUUUUGUGGAUUGCUUUAGGGGAAUUAACUUAAAAAGAACAUUUAUUGCAAUAUCACCUUUCAUUAUGCAGCCUAUGAGUGGUGUCGCCUACGUUGGUUCAUACUCUACUUAUUUUUUCCAAUUAGCUGGGUAUAAUACUCACCUGUCGUUUCAAAUAAGUGUUGGUCAACAAGCUUUGUCUAUUUUAGGUUGCAUUGCUUCAUGGUUUAUCCUUGAUAGAUUCGGAAGAAGGCAUGUUAUGCUAUACGGUAUGAUUUCUUUAUUUGUACUUAAUGUUAUUACUGCAGGCUUGGGUUGCAGCAACAAAGAAAGCUACUUAACUGGUGCGUCCGCAUUCAUGACUAUGUAUAACUUUUUUUACAACCCAAGCAUCGGUCCCCUUUCUUAUGUUAUAAAUGCAGAAAAUCCUAGUUCUCAACUAAGGGUUAAAACUAUCUCAAUUGGGUUGGCUGCGAAUAAUGGUUUACAAUGUAUGUGGCAAUUCGUUUUGCCUUUCAUGUUCAAUCCAGAUCAAGCAAAUAUGGGAUCUAAGAUUAAUUUCAUAUUUGCUGCUUGUUGCUUUAUUAGUAUAUUCUGUUUUUAUUUCUAUUUACCAGAAACUGCAAACAGGUCAUUUGAUGAAAUUGAUGAAAUGUAUAUAAAAAAGGUCCCAGCCAGGAAGUUUAGGAAUUUUAUUUCAGAUACGCAAAUUAAAGCUACUGAACAAAAUGAUGAGAAAAAGGGACUCGAAGUUGAACAUAUUGAAGCUUGA